AUGCGUUCACUAUUCUCCGUUCUCCAGAGGUCUUCUCCGACCUGGUCAUUGCCGGGCCGCACCGUCCGAAAGCCUAUCGCUGCAACGAAUGUCGAGUUCAUCUACGCUAGAUGUCGCAUACAGCAGCAGCGACCAUUCAGCUACUCGCGCCAAUUGAAAGACUUCAAUGUGGACCACCCGGCCACACUCGUACGAGUGGGCCAGAAGCAUGGACCCGGGCUGAUUAUUCUUGCUUCAAUUCCAAUAAUCGCAUUUGUAUUGGGGUGCUGGCAAGUCCAGCGCCUGGGUUGGAAAACUAAUCUCAUUGCCAAAUUCGAGGACCGUCUGGUCAAAGCUCCUCUUCCUCUUCCACCUCGAAUUGAUCCUGAUGCUAUUACCGAAUUUGACUACCGCCGUGUCAUUGCCACUGGCCAUUUUGAUCACGAGCAUGAGAUGCUUAUUGGACCCCGUAUGUUGGAGGGUGAGGACGGGUUCAUGGUUGUGACACCUCUCAAGCGUGAUGACGGCGAAAGCACUGUGCUCGUGAACCGGGGGUGGAUCUCUAAGAAGUUGGCAAACCAGAAAGAUCGUCCUCUGGGAUUACCUCUGGAAGAAGUCACUGUUGAGGGAUUGCUACGCGAGCCCUGGAAGAAGAAUAUGUUUACACCAGACAAUAAACCUGAGGAGGGCAAGUUUUAUUUUCCUGACAUUAAGCAAAUGGCAGAGUAUAGUGGGAGUCAGCCCGUUUGGAUUGAGGAGACUAUGGUGCCUGAUCUCCUUGUGACAUACGAUCGUACAGCCAAAGGCAUCCCGAUUGGCCGUGCUGCAGAAGUCAACUUGAAAAACAAUCACGCCCAGUACAUCUUCACGUGGUUUAGCUUGUCUCUAGCCACGUCCAUCAUGAUGUGGAUGGUCGUACGCAAGAAUCCCAACGAGGCUCUGCGCCGCGUUCGCCAGAACCGGAACUGGUAG